GGCUUCUUCCGCCUGGCUUCGGGCGAGUGCCUGGGGAACGUGGUGAGCGACGGGCGGCGCGCGAGCAGCUCCGGGGGGCUGCAGAACGCGCAGUUCGGGAUCCGCCGCGACGGGACCCUGGUCACCGGGUACCUGUCUGAAGAGGAGGCACUAGACACCAACAAUCCAUUCGAGCAGCUGCUCAGCGGGGUCGUGUGGCUGAUUCGAAAUGGAAGCAUCUACAUCAAUGAGAGCCAGGCCGCCGAGUGCGACGAGACACAGGAGACAGGUUCCUUUAGCAAAUUUGUGAAUGUGAUGUCGGCCAGGACAGCCAUAGGCCACGACCGCCAGGGACAGCUGGUGCUCUUUCACGUGGAUGGACAGACGGAGCAGCGUGGCCUCAGCCUGUGGGAGGUGGCAGAGUUCCUGCUGCAGCAGGACGUGGUCAACGCCAUCAACCUGGAUGGCGGUGGCUCCGCCACCUUCGUGCUCAAUGGGACCCUGGCCAGCUACCCGUCAGAUCACUGCCAGGACAGCAGGUGGCGCUGUCCCCGCCGCGUGUCCACCGUGGUCUGCGUGCACGAGCCCCGCUGCCAGCCGCCCGACUGCAGCGGCCAUGGGACCUGCGUGGACGGCCACUGCCAGUGCACUGGGAAGUUCUGGCGCGGCGCGGCCUGCAGCGAGCUGGACUGUGGCCCCUCCAACUGCAGCAGGCACGGGCUGUGCACCGACACCGGCUGCCGCUGUGACGCAGGCUGGACAGGGCCCAGUUGCAGCGAAGAGUGUCCCCUGGGCUGGUACGGGCCUGGCUGCCAGAGGCCUUGCCAGUGUGAGCACCAGUGCCCCUGCGACCCCCAGACUGGCAACUGCAGCACUUCCCAAGUGAAGCAGUGUCUCCAGCCCUCCGAGGCCACCCCUCGGGCAGCAGAGCUCUCAUUCUUCAGCAGGACCACGUGGCUGGCCCUCACCCUGGGCCUGGUUUUCCUGCUGCUGGUCAGCGUGUCGGCCAACGUGUCCCUGCUCCUGGGCUCCAGAUCCAAGAGGACCCGGCACGUGGACGGGGACUACGUGUACCACCCGCUGCAGGAGGUGGGCGGGGAGUCCCUGGCACCCGAGAAGGAGCAGCCUGGCGACAGCCACGACCCCUUCAAGGACUGACGGCCCCGUCUGCCUGGCGAGACGCCAGGCAGCCUCGGCUGACCCCAGCAAUGCAGAGCCUGAGACCACGCCUGCUUCGUGCCUGACCGCCUGAGCCGCCCAGGGCCUGGCCCCAGGAGGGCCUGCGCCAUUGCCAAAGAAUCCCCAGAGGCCACCAGUGACCAGGCCACACACCUGUCCACAUUGCUCACUGUGGGCUUGCUGGCCAGGACCUGGUGUCUCCUCACAAGCUCCUAGAAGGCAUGGGAAGAGCUGGGGUCGUGUUUACAGGUGGAUCCCGGGGUCCGCAGCCCUCUGCCUAGAGCUGCACUGAAGGAGCCACCAGGGGGCGUCGGUGAGGCCUGGCUGGGAGGACGCCAGGCUUUGGCAGGUGACCAGCUCGCCUGUGCUCUCAGACCUGCUGUGCCCACGCUGCCCCUGAGCCUUCCCCGCGUCCCUGUCCUCUGCUGUGCUGGCAGGGACUGGACACCGGCACCGCGGUUCUUUGCUGUCUUUGCCUGCCCAGCACCUGCUGCUCCCUCUUCUUGGUAUUUAUUUGUUCUGGCAAGAUCUCACCAGUCUGGCUUCAACCUCCC